ACUGAGCCUCAAAACAGCAACACUGAAUGGGAAUGCCGAAUUUCCCGUUCUCGCAAGAUGGUUUAUUAUUAUAACCGUGCUACUAAAGAAAGUACUUGGGAACUUCCUCCUGGCGUUGAUCCUAAUACUAUUAAAGGUUAUGGCGAGAAAGUAGAACAACGAGUACAGGCGGUUGAUCCGUUAAGUGGCACAGAACAAAUUAGGGCUAGUCAUUUGUUAGUUAAGCAUGAAGGAAGUAGACGUCCUAGUUCUUGGAAAGAAGUUAAAGAGGCACUUGAAUUAAUUAAAGCCUAUCAAUCUCGAAUCAAAUCUGGAGAAAUUACCCUUGAUGAACUUGCUAGUACGGAAUCUGAUUGUUCAAGUGCUAAGCGUAAUGGUGAUUUAGGAUUUUUUAGUCGAGGACAAAUGCAACCUGCUUUUGAAGAAGCUGCAUUUAAUCUUAAAGUUGGGGAAUUGAGCGAGCCAGUUUGGA